ACAGCGAACACAAUAAUGGCGUCACACGGAGAGGAUAUAGUUGCUCCCAAAUCUGUUCAUUCUGAGGGCCAAGCAGAGAAAAAAGCAGCGAUGGUGUCGUUUGGUUUUACUAAAACUGUUAGCAAAUUUAAGCCUCCUUCUGCUGACACUCCGUACAAGAAAGAGGAGAAAGAUUUCUUGACUGGAAUUGACAGACACGAACUACAGAGUUCAAAACCAUCUGACAAGCCCAAAGAGCUGAUCAUCCCCCUGAUCCAGAAGAACCGCUGGCACAGACCGGAGCAGAGCGCGGCCAGCGAGGACAAGAGCCAGGACAAGAGCCAGGGCAAGGCCAGGGGCAGGGACAACGACUCCGUGGAGUCUCAGGCUGUUAAGGAACUUAUUGAAGAUUCACGGAGGGAGCUGGAGCAGUGGCAGAACGGGUCUCAGUCAGAUGCAAACCUCAACCUCUCCAUCCCCCUGUUGAUGCAAAACAAAGUGCCAGAGGGCUUUGAAGAUGGAGAUCAUAUACAGGUGGACCUGCGGCCUGAGUCUUCAACAGAUGCUGAUUAUGAAAGUGUUCCAGUUGAGGCUUAUGGACUUGCUAUGAUUAAAGGGAUGGGCUGGAAGAAAGGUGAAGGCAUUGGAAAUACCUUUAAACAAGACGUGAAACCAAUCGAACACCAGCUCCGUCCAAAAGGAUUGGGCCUCGGUGCAGAUCGUUCAGCCAUAAAGGAUCUGGAGCCUAGCCGCCACAAACGUCCCCCAAAGCCAGGCGAAGAGCAGAACAAGGAGGAAGAACUGGUGAUGGGUCCAGGGGGGUGUGUGUUGGUGGAAUCAGGAGCGCAUAAAGAGCUAUAUGGCAAGAUAGAAGGUGUUGAUCCAGACAACGCUCGCGUGGUGGUGAAGCUCGCUGUUGGAGGCAAAACCGUGACAGUCAGUCAGUAUGGCGUUAAACUGGUUCCCCGAAAAGAGUACGAGAAAUACGGCAAAGACCUGAGUCGUCUCAGUAAAGCUCACAAAGAAAGGGAAAAGGAGAAAGAGAGGGAAAAGGAGCGAGAGAGAGAGCGACAGAGACGAGACGAGCAAGAGAAGAGUAGCAGCAGUGACAAAGUAAAAAGCAAGACAUCAGAGAGAAAUGGAGGAAAAGAAGAGAGGAAGAGGAAACACAGAGAGUCAAGUCAAGACAGUGAUAAAGCUCACGUGAAAGAAGCAAAACAACCACCGCCCCCCCCUACCUGGCUCCAGCGAGAUCUAAAAGUUCGCUUUAUACACAAAACCUUCAAAGGGGGCAGGUACUACAAUUCAAAGAUGCGAGUGGAGGACGUGCUAACACCGUUUACCUGUGUGUGUCGAACUGAGGAGGGAAGACUGUUGGACGAUGUGAAGCAGGACAUGCUGGAAACCAUUGUCCCUAAGAGUGAAAAUGACUCCAUCAUGGUGGUGCUGGGUGAGCACAGGGGACAGGUGGGCCGUAUUCUUCAGCGGGACAAGAACAAGUGCAGAGCGAUGGUCCAGCUCAACCGACACGAUGAGAAAGUGUUCACACUUGACUACGACUAUAUUUGUCACUAUGUAGGAGCAGUAGAUCACUGAACCGCUGUUACUACUUCAUCCCAUCUCAUUCUAAAAGUUUUUUGUUUUUUUUUGUAAUAUUCAAACGUGGAUUUUUAAAGCAUUGCAUUUUUUAAAUAAAAAUUUGCCAAGUC